CAAAGGAGAUUGAGAGUGGAGAUGUCAAGCUUAGAUUGAGAGUAAGAGACAAACUGAAACUGAAUCGAGUUACCAAAUAAAUUAAGGUUAAAAAGAUGGACAAUCCACCAACAGAUGCACCUCGUCCUCUGAAGCGGAAUUCAAAUGAUGUGGGAUGGGAAUUUGGAGUCUUAUGUAAUCCAAAAAAUGUAGACAAGGUCAAAUGCAAGUUGUGUGGAAAAGAAUUCGCUGGUGGUAUUUAUAGAAUGAAAGAACACAUUGCUCAUGUGAAAGGGAAUGUCUCAGCCUGUCCUGUAUCAUCUAAAGCGGAUCAAGAGAAGUGUAAGGAGGCAAUUCUUGAUGCAAAAGAGAAAAAGGGUUUGAAGAGGAAACAUGAACAAGAACUGAGGGCAGAAGUGAACAUAAACAAAGGCAGCAAUGUUGAAGAAUUGGAAAGAGAGUUGGGAACUCUUAAAAGUCCUCACUUCCAAGGUCUCAUCGAUCAGUAUGCAACCUCCAUAAACCCUGAAGCUUCUUUGGCUGCACAAGCACGACAACAAAAUAUACAUGACGCCAUAUCUAAGGAGAAGACACAUGCUGUCCGCCAAUAUUGUGCUAGAUGGAUGUAUGAAGCAAAUGUUGCUUUCAACGCCAUUGACAAUGAAAGUUUCAGGUUGUUUUGUGAAGCUUUGGGACAGUUUGGACCUGGUUGGGUGCCUCCAAGUUAGUAUCAGCUCAGAGGACCAUUGUUAAUUGAGGAACAAAAAAGGACCAAGGAAAAGUUGAAGUCUAGAAGAAGAAUGGGAAACAGAAGGCUGCUCAGUGAUGACCGAUGCAUGGAGUGAUAUGAAAAGAAGAAGCAUAAUGAAUUUGUGUGUCAACUCAAGGGGAGGUACAUGUUUUCUUUCAUCAAAAGACACCUCUAAAGAUUCUCACACGGGGGAGUACAUCUUCAAUUACAUUGACCAGUGGAUUGAAGAUAUAGGAGCUGCAAAGGUAGUGCAAGUGGUCACUGAUAAUGCUACAAACAACGUGGCAGCUGCAAAGAUGCUGAAACAAAAGAGACCAAAUAUAUUUUGGACAGGUUGUGCUGCACACACUAUAGAUCUGAUGCUCGAGGGAAUUUCUAAGCUUCCGGGAAUUGCAAAGAUAAUUG